AUGACUGUUAGAAAUGUUGGAAUCAAUGAUUUGAAUAUUAGUAAUAACGGUAGUAAUAGUAAUAGCAAUAGCAAUAUACCUGCUCAACCAGCACAUAAUAUUAAACAGCAACAAAAUGCAAACACUGGUAAUUCAUUCGUAAAAUAUCCAAUGUCAUCUUCGUCGUCGAACAACUCUUCAUAUACAAACCACUCUUCUAUCUCAUCGAUUGGCGAUAAUGAACCAGACAUCUCUGAAGACUACAGCUAUAACAGUAACAAUUCAUCAUGUAACGAUCUAUCACAACUAGCUAGUCAAUCAAACGAACAACAGCAACAACAACAAAGUAUAAAUAAACCAAAGAUUAAUAGCUAUAGUAAUGAAGGAAAUAAUAGUAGUCAACAGAAAAAUAAUAACAAUAGCAGUAGUAGUAAUAAUAAUAAUAAUAAUAGUAAUAACAAUAAUAAUGAUUAUACAAAUACAUCAAUUAGUAAUACAAUAGAUUAUAAUAGUGAGGAAUCCAGUGUUAUUCUAAAGAGUUUGAAAUUGAUCGAUAAGAAUAGAUAUAGUUCGUCAGUAAAGUGUGCGAUUCUCGGUACCAACAGUGUCGGUAAGACAUCGUUCAUGCGUAGAUUCUCAUCGGGUGAAUUCGACCCAACUGAAACAACGACGAUCGGUGCCAUCAGAACACUACAUACAAUCCACUACAAUUCACUAUCGCUCAAUCUCGAGAUUUGGGAUACUGGCGGUCACGAUCGUCUCAAAGGACUACUACCUUUCUACCUGAAGAACUGCAACUGCAUCAUAGUGAUGUUUGACAUCAGUUCACUCGAUUCCUACAACCGCUCACUCGACAUCCUCUCUAGAACCAAAAAGAUGGUACCGGAAGGUUCGAUUUUCAUUUUAGUUGCAAACAAAGUGGAUAUAAGUAAUAGAGUUGUCUCUCAGGUUGAAAUUGCAAAGGCAUGUUCAGAGUCUGAGAUUGGUAGAAUCAGUUGGUGUGAGAUCUCAGCUAGAACCGGUUAUCAUAUACAUGAACCGUUUCAUAUGAUUUCACAGCAUUUCACAACGAUGAUCGAUGCACUGAGGACCAAUCACAGAAUCGAGAAGAUUCACAACAAGUUGCAAUCUCCACACGGUGGAAGUAACAGUAGCAGUGGAUCGUCGAAUUCGCUUUUCAGUUUUGUAGAGUUUGAAGGCAAUGAUGAGAGUGGUCAACAUUCACUGCCGAUUACCAAGACCGACCUCGCGAUGAUCCGCAACAACAUGUAUACUUGCACGGAGCGGUCGUUCCGCACGGUCGACCCGAUGGUGAUCGUACUUAAACUGGAUGUACUAAAGAUCAUCAUUGAAUCGACUGGCGGUCUUUUCACCAAGCUAUUCAAACGAUCGUUCCUUUUCAAAGAGGUAGCGGCAACCAGUACAACAUCGAACAACGGUGAAUCAACAACACAGUCCAAUUCAAAUUCCGAUGACUUUCAACAUAGCGGUGAAUAUAAAGGUUCAUUUUGUUUGGUGGUCGAUAAGUAUCAUCCUAAGCGUAUUGAGAUUCGCAAGUUCUACUCGCCAAACACCACAUCGAGUCCCGUCUCUGACAAACAUGAAAUCGUGCUGCUCUGUGACUACAGAGAUCAUCUUGUAAAAACUUUUAAAUCGAUCUGCUCCGUUUCCAUUCCAAUCAGUGAAGGUGUAAAAGGUGGAGAUCGCAACGACUUUUGCUACAGCUACAAAGAGUAUCUCAAAGUCUAUUCAAAGGAAGCCGACUCCAACAUUGAAUAUCAAAUAUUGAACCCAUCCAAUCAGCCAUUUAAUAAUUUAGAUCUCAGUAGAAUAUUAAGAGAUGAUAAACAUAUUUUUGCAAUUUCAAAAUCGAUCGAAUGGAAUGCAUCACUCACUACUCUGGAUCUUUCAUACAAUGCACUCGAUAAUAUCGAUCCAAAAGCAAUUGCCGAACUAUUCAAUACAAUUUCAAACUCUGUAUCCAUUGUCAACUUGGAUCUUACAUGUAAUAAUCUUGGAUGUUCAAGACUUAGAAAUAUUUUAAUUGAAUUUAUUAAACCAUCAUUGAAACUAAAAUCAUUGAUAUUGAAUAACAAUGAUCUAUGUAAAAUGGCAGAUACUAAUUAUCACUUUGGUUUGGAUGCUGAUUUGGCCGCCAAGAGAGAAGCUCUCUACGACUCUAAUCUCGAGAGAGAUUCAAGAGCUUUCAUCGAGCAAACCCUCGGAGAACCAUUCCCAGCCGGAAAGUCAUUUGCUGAAGCUUUGAAAUCUGGUGUACUUCUUUGCAAGUUUGCCAAUAAGAUUAAACCAGGAUCAGCUAAAUCAUCACCAUCUGCUGCACCAUUCGUACAAAUGGAGAACAUCAACAACUACUUGAACUUCUGUAAAUCAAUGGGUGUCGCUACCACUGAUUUGUUCAUGACCGUCGAUCUCUUCGAGGCCAAGAACUUGAACCAAGUCAUUCAAAACAUUCAAGCCGUCAAGAGAAUCGUCUCUGGUGGUAAACCAAGCGCUGUCCCAACAAAGAACCCGUAUGAUGUCCGCUAUGAAGCACCAGUUGCAACUUCAGCCGGAGCUUCAUUCUGUGGAAACUGUGGUGUCAAGGCUGCCGGUGGUGCCAAGUUCUGUGGUAGUUGUGCAAGUGUACUGAGAGCAAGUAUUAUAUCAUAUGCUUAUUUUCUGACGUUUUUACUCUCAGUAUUGUUAUUACCACAUAAACACUUUAAAAAACAAAAUGUUAUAUCUUCUAUAUUGCCGAGUAUUACGACAAUGCUGUCGGUGGUUAGUUUGGUGAUGAUCACUAUUGUCAACUUGGUAUCGAAAUUCAAUGGUAACUUUACAUUGAAUCAACUUGGUUUCAUAAAGUUUACCUAUGUCACAGAGGGUUUGCUCAAUGUGCUGCCAGAUCUGAUAGCUUUGGUCAUCUCUAUCAUCACUGCAUCACUGUGGUAUCGUAAGCGUAUACAAUCCGAAUUCGAACAAGAAGGAAUCAACAUGACAAAUAACCUAAACAUUGAAGAACAAUCAAGAAAGUCAACAAUGAGUAUGUAUUCACCAUUUAAUUAUUCUAUCAAUUCAGAUGUACCUUUAUUAUCACAACAACAACAACAACAAGUAACUAAUGUACAAACUACAACAACAACAACAACAACUACAACACCAUUGACAUCGACAAGAAAGAGAAAAGAAAGAGAUCCGGUAUUUUAUAAUCCACCACCAUCGAAAGCAUUGAGUUUCUUUGCAUUCUUGAUGUUGUGUCUCUCCGCUAUAUCGUUUCCUUCGGUCAUCAAUGCAUUCUAUUUUAUAUUUGCGAUUGGAUUCAUCUUGUUACAGAUACCCAUUGUAAACACCAACUACCAACAAAACAUAGCGGAUUGGUACGGUGUUAGAAACUACAAUGUUUGGGAUGUCUCUAUCUGGCCACUCGUCAUCGGGUACGUCACUAUCCUAUUCCUCUACAUCUCGCUGAUACUUGCCAUUACAUUCGGUCUCUAUUGUUUCUACAGUUAUAUGGAUAUGAAUCUCUAUCACAAGACACCGACUCUCAAGUUGAAGAUGGACGAUCCAGUAGUACAGUCAAAUAUUACAUCAAUAACAAAUAGUGUAACAAUGACACAACAACAACAACAACAACAACAACAACAACAACAACAACAACAACAACAGCAACAACAACAACUACAAAAGAGAGAUUUGUUGGUGAUGAUUGAUGAUACAACAAGUGAAGAUGGUAGUAAUAAUAAUAAUAAUAUGAUGUCAACGACAACAUCGUCUCCAAGACCAACAGGACUUCCAGAUGGUAGAUCCACUUUGAAACAGCGACCUGUUCUUAAGAGAGGUGGUAUGGGUUCACCACCAUUACGUUCGAAUCUCAAGAAGGGUGUUAGUUUCCAAGUUCCAUCGGCAGGUCGUUCGGUGUCGCCUGCACCUUCUUCGGUCGACUUUUCACGUUCCUCUUACGAAGCUCGUAUUCGUCCUUAUACUUCGAUGAUCUCUGAUGGUUGGAAAGUCUUUUAUCAGCAAUUCAUAGCUAAUCAUGGUGAGAAGCUUACCAGAGCACAAGAGAUCACCAAGGCAAUAUUCACUGGUACGUUCUUGACCAUUUUCAGUCAGUCGUACCGACUUGCACUGGCCGGUCUCUUUGUUUGUGGAUUGACUCAGAUCUCUUUGUUGAAUGCUGGCUACAUGAUAUUCUUUAUCCUGUUUAUCAUAAGUGAGCGACUGGCUACCAGGUUCUGGAUUCUCUUGGUUAUAUACGCACAGGUUGUCUACACGCUGUGUUACACAUGGCAGAUCAAUGCAACCGUUGAUAUUGAGAGUGAAACAACUGAGCUUAUUGGACUGGUACACUAUCGUGUUGUUUGGUUUGGUUUGUUGUGGAAGUGGAUCAUUGUUUUGUUCACUCUCACCCAGUGGAAUGUCAACAAGGUAUUCCGAGAUACAAAACUUCCGCCGAUUGUCCAAACCGUUGGUAAUCUCAUCUACAAUGUAUCACAACACUAUGCACUGCCAUUGUGUUAUCUUGUGAUCGUAAUGGUCGGUGUGUUUAGCAAGGUGUCGAUCAUCUCUAUUCUCUACAUGGCAACAGUGUUCCUCUGUCUGGCAAUUCAUCAUGUCUCUGCCAAUGGAAGUGCUCACAUUCGUAGAUUCUGGGUGUUGAUUGUCAUGAGUCAAGCUGCAGUAUUGGUAGCGAGAUACGUCUAUCAAUUCCCUCAGGUGAAUCAAUGGCUUAUCAGCAUUUUCCCGACCAACAAAUUCGCGUAUCUCCACGGCUCCAAGCUUGUACUAUGGGCUGUCUUCCUCAUUGCUUUGUCACCGCCAUCCUUCUUCAAUGCCAUUUACCUGGUGAUGGUACUUACAGCCAUGGUUUUCAGAAAGGGAACCUAUAGAAUUGGAUUCUACAUCUUGAUUUACUCACAAUUGUUGGUACUUUUCCAAAUGGCAUUCCUCUUCCCCGAAGCAUCGCGGGUGAUCGGUCACGACGAUUUGAUACGUUGGCUUGGUAUGCCAUCGUCUUCUCACUCUACAAACUGGGAUGUUAUUAAACUCAACUUGACAAUUAUCCUAUUGGUGUCGGUACAGCAAUGGGCAUACUGGUGGAACAAAGCAUAUCAACAUCUCAAGCAGCCUGCCUCUGAGAGAAAAGAUCUCGAUCCUUACAACUGCACAGUUGGACAACGUUUAUUCUGGUACAUCUCACACUUUUAUGAGUUGUAUGGUGUCGAAGUUGUGUUUGUUACACUCUCUAUAUCGUUGUGUUGGCGUGUCAAUAUAUUGGGUAUCAUCUAUCUCUGUGUCAUUGGAUUGGGGCUGAAUAUAUCGAAUCAAAAGAUUCACCGGUUGUUCUAUCUCUCUAUAUUGAUGGUGCCUAUCAUAAUGGCGCAAUACAUAUUCCUGUUGGGAGUGCCGAGUGGACACACUCCUCCAUGGUCACUAUCGAACGAUCUUCUCAGUAAUCUUUUACUACUGGAAUCGCCAAGUAUCUAUAUUCUAACGGUUGAUUUCGCAGUUCUUUUCUUCUCAAUGUUGCUUUUCAAGCUGCCAAAGAAAAACCCUCUCGAACCACUGCCAUUCCCAAAGAACUUUUUGAAUUUCGAUAUGGACUAUCGUAAUUUCACUUGUGAACCACGUCCUUGGUACUCAGAGAUUAGAUACAUCAUCGUUCGUUUCUCUUCCCAGGUCACUUUGAUCACCAUUUUCAUUGCUGGCACGGCAGAGUGUGAUUUAAUCUCCACUGGAUAUGUUUUCUUCUCUGUGUAUGUGCUGUUCAGUGGCGAGGAUCGCUCGUGGAGCCGACUCUGGAAAGCAAUGGCAUUCUACAAUUGGUUCGUACUGAUGACUCAAAUCCUAUUCCAAUUCGUAUUUGUUGCGUAUGGCGAUGAUAACAGUGCAGCCGAUCGCGUUGCCGACAUUCUUGGAUUCACCAUUGUCAGUUCCUCACGUUUCAACACCGUCAGUGAAACCGUUAGUGAUGUGAUCAUCAUGAUUCUGAUGGCCUACCAAAAGAACAUCUAUGAAUCCAGUGAUUUCGCAACACUCGAAAAACAUCUCCAAGAGAAUAGAAACAGUGCCUACGAAAUCGCAUUGGAAUUCUACAAGAAUCGACGUGAGAAUAGAAUCAAACAAUUAAACUCUGUUCAAACCAUCAUUCAGCAGCGUCGUGAACGAUUACAAUCUCUAAAGGAACAAAGACAACAUAGACACAGACAAUUCUAUUUGGAACAAUUCAAUUCUAGACCAUCUGGACAACUUACAUCAUCACCUCAUUCAAAUGAGAAUCAAGAUAAUAACAUUGAUAACAAUGAUAACAAUCAAGAUAAUAAUAAUAUUGGUAUUGAUAAUGAUAAAAAUAAUACAGAUAUUCAAUUGGAUCCAAUUAUUAUAAAUAGUUCCAAGGUUGUUACAACAGAUCCAACAACAACAUCUGUUACAAAGUCUCCACCUGUUGAAUCAUCACAUAUCGAUGAAGAUGAAGAGAAACCUAGUGUUCCAAUUGCAGUUAGAAUCAAAAAUCUAUUCAAAGCAUUCUUGAAUUGGUUGGACCCAAUUGAAGAAGGUGAAGUUGAUGUCAAUGAUCCACUUCCAUCGUCACUCACUACCUCUCAUCGUAACAGUACAUUCAUCUCUUCCGAACAGAUGAAACUAUCCUAUCAGUACUACCAACAACAUCAAAAGGAAAUGAGUGAAUUGCCAACUUCAAGUAAUGACCCAACCUCGUCCUCGUCCUCGUCAUCGACAUCUCCUCCUCCACCUCCACCCUACAAGGAUGAUGCUUUCAAGCGUAUCGUUCGUGGUAUCAGCAGGAUUGCCAGAGACGAAAGUAAAUGGAUUGCUUUUAUGUGUUGUAUUUGUAAUGCUGUGUUCUAUGCCAAUGUAAUAUCACUUGUCUAUGUAUUCGCUGUAUUCCUCUUUGGUAGACUCUAUGAGAGUCCGAGACCUUCUAAACCAUUCUGGCGAUUCCUCAUUGGUUAUAGUAGUAUAGUUAUCUGUUUGAAAUACAUAUUCCAAAUCGAUAUAUUCUGUGUUAUAAGUGGAGUUAACGGUUAUUACUAUGCUAGUUUCGAGACUUGCUGGGAUACCAAGCAAUACAACGAUGACUUAUCGAAGCGAUAUCUCUCACUUCCCUACAUGAUAGGUAUCAAUGACAUCCAAGGACCAUUCUUGGCUGGUUCAUGGUGGGAUCUAGCUAUCUUUUUGGCUUGUCUAUGGCACCGACAUGUCUAUCAAUCCAAAGGUUUAUGGAGUUUCGACGAGACAUCGGUCAGUCAGGACAUCGAUCCUAAACCACCAAUGCCAGGCACCGUAGAAUCGUUGGAGCAAAUCCAAAAGGAGAAUAUCAAACAAUUCCUAAAGGUAGAAUCGGAAACACUACAUGAAGAGGAAGAGGAGGAGGACGAAGAAGAGGAGGAAGAGAUUAUCGAAUAUGUUGUCACUCGUGUAACACGUAAAGGAAAGAAAAAGAGUGGAAGUGGUUCAAAGACUACCACUACACUAAAAACUAUUACUUCCCAAGAUGACAAACAAAUUGAUUCCCCACAUCAAAGUAUCCUUCAUUCUGACUUGGCUCUGAGUGGUAGUGGUGAAACUAUUACACAUCACUAUAGCACCAGUGAUGGUGGAGAAGUUCAUGAAACCAAAACAACAACUACUUCAACCACUACAACUAGAUCUGGUAUUCGAACAAGUGGAAUAGUGGUGGUAAUGGUGAUGGUGAUGAUGAUGAAUGAUGACCAUGAUAACAACAACAACAAUAAUAAUAACAAUAAUAACAAUAACAACAAUAAUAAUAAUAAUGAUGACAAUAAUAAUAAUGAUCAAGUUGAAAUGGAUGUUCAUGAUCCAAAUUAUGAAGAGGAGUAUGAAUAUGAAAUGGAAGGAACAUCAUCACAACAACCCGAAGAUUGGAUCAUUUCAGCAGAAGCUUUACAUCAAUCUAUUGAGCAACAACAACCAAAAUACCUCCACCACCUUUGGCAGUUCAAUGGUUUGACAAUUUGCUAUGGAUAUCCUAUUCUUGCCGAGAACCGUUUCCUUAUGGACGGCUACUCCAACUUCCACAAUAUUGGAUUCUCAAUCUAUCGUGCCAUUCCAUUUGUUUUCGAAAUGAGAACACUCCUCGAUUGGAUUGCCACCGAUACCACUCUGUUGUUCUACGACUGGCUCAAGUUUGAAGAUCUCUAUGCCACCAUCUUCAGUGUGCACUGUCGACAGGAAUGGAUCAAACGUCAAGGCAGAAAGAAAGGUCAGAAACAACCAAUCUUUGAAAAGUUUACAACUGGUGUUGCAUUCUUUAUUGGUAUUGUUCUGAUUCUUUGGUUCCCACUUAUCAUUUUGUCAUCCGGUUUGCCAGGUUCCAACAUCGAGCCUGUCACCUCUGUCAAUAUCCAAGUGUCUAUCAUGGGAUUGAAUCCAUUCCUUAGCAUCAGCCAAGAUCUUUCUGUUGCCAAUUUGGACGGUAUUCCCGAUUGGAAGAGUACAUUUGUCAACAAUACCUACUUUUCCAAGCUUAGGUCGGCAGAGACGUUCAUCACCACCGACGACCAGGCCGGAACUCAAUUGAUAAGCAUCAACACAUUCUCAGAAGUCAAUUGGAAUCUAUCGCCACCGGCACGUUCACAACUCCAACAAUAUCUUAUCAAUAAUGAACUGUCUAUCAAGGUGGAUUACACCCUCAGUAGAAGUGGAAACAUCAAUAUCAACAUCGAUGGAAGUAAUGUUGUACUUUUGAAUCGUACUCAACAAGAGGAUUUCGCUGCCAUUGUCAAUGGUACUUCGGCAAACAACACUUUUACCACAUCCGGUUUAUUCUAUAAAUUCAUUCGUCUGCCUGGUGUCAGUGGAAAUCUGCUUUAUCCAUCCAAUCCUGGAAAACCUGCAUCUAUGAUCGAUGUAAUGUUCACAAUGGUUUCAGUUAACAACACCUAUCCACCUCAGCAGUAUUGGAUGAUGUCUCAAACCGAUGGAACUCCUCUCAACUUUAUCACCAUUUCCUCGCGACUUCCAAAUGGACUGGCUAGCACACUGGUGAGUGCCGGUAUCAUUGGUCUGUACGUUGGUGUUGUACUCUCUGUCGGUCGUUUCCUUCGUAUGUAUGUAACCGGUAUGGCACUACGCAUUACUCUCGAGAACAUCCAGGUAUGCGAUGAAAUCGAAAAGAUGCUCGAAGACGUAUUGAUUGCUAGACAAUAUGGUGAUCUAAUUCUUGAAGAAGAACUCUAUAAUGAAUUGAUUCAAGUUUUCAGAAAUGCCAAUCUACUUUAUGAAAUGACAAAGAAACAAACAUAA